AUGGGCUCCUCCUCCAAAAAAGACCGCGCGGAAUCCGUCCUCAGCGCCCCCGCCCCCUCCAUCAAGAGCGAGAAGCGGGAGAAGAGAUCGUCCAAGAAGUCGUCUUCCUCCAGACUGGAGGAUGUAGCCGAGUCGGUUUAUGAAGACGAACAACACAAGAAGCGUAAAAAGGAGAAGAAGGAGAAGAAGCGCAAGGCUGCUGCUGCGGAGGCGGAGGGCGAGGAUGUAACUGCUACCGAAGAGGUGACUGACAACCUUCUCACCACGGAGGACGAGAGGCCCAAGAAGAAGAAGAAGAACAAGAGGGAUGAUGAUGAUGAGGUGAAGAGGGUCAAGAAGAGGAAGGAGGAGGAGGAGGAGGAGGAGGAGGAGGAGGGGUCGGAUGGGGGGGAGACGAUCAAGAGCAAGGAGUCGAGGCGGAAGAGGAGGGAGAGGGAGGAAGAGGAGGAGAAGGAGAGACGGAUGAGGGUGAGGACAGAGAGGAAGAGGGCCUAG